AUGACCACCCACAAAAUCCUCGUCCUGCCCGGCGACGGCAUCGGCCCCGAAAUCACCGCCGAAGCCCUCAAAGUCCUUUCCGCCUUCUCCUCCCAGACACGCACCUUCACCCUCCGCACCGAGCUAAUAGGCGGCUGCAGCAUCGACGCCCACGGUACCCCCGUAACGGACGCUGUCAUCCAAGCCGCCCUAGACUCCGAUGCGGUCCUGUUCGCGUCUGUCGGCGGGCCAAAAUGGGACAGAGUCCGUCGCGGCCUUUAG